UACUGUUUAAAAAAAUACAUUUUCAAUAGUUUCGGGUCGUGUUUUAUGUGUUUCACCUUUGUCCACGUUUGUAAAUUAGUGCCAUAAAAUGUCAGAAGUUGGCUAGACGGCACAAUUAACUGAAUCGCUGUUCUAUGCAGAUUACACAUAGGUUUUACAAGUUUAAAGUCCACAGAUGCGCCAUCGAAAGGAGUUUUUCUUUGACAGAGCAGUGAAGUUCACGCGAGUCGCUGUCACGAGUGAUAAUAAUGGAGUCGCAUGGUUUGGGUGAGAGUGAAGGGCUGACCUUCUUCCUGGCCAGACCAGAGGAUUAUGAUGAUGUGAUGGCCAUAUCGCAUGACAUAUACGGGGGCAACGAUUACCUUCCAUGUCGCUAUCACCCCUGGAUGACUGAACCGGACAGAUUGGUUAUAAUAGCAAGGAGGGGCAGCCGGUUGGUGGCGUUGGAGUCAAGCCUUGUGGUUGAUGGUGGUAAAACAGUGGUAGUCGAGGGAUUAAGGGUGUGUCCAACUGAAAGAGGCCACGGUCUAGCUGGAGUUAUCCAGAGAUUUGCUGAUGGGUAUGUAAAGAAGGUUUACCCCACGGUGAAGAACAAGCGUCUCACCAGAGCAGAUAACCCAGGGCCUGAAAAACUGAGCAAGUUCACAUAUCUGGACAAAAGGGCUAUCUUGUCGCUGUGUGGGGAUUCUGAGACCUUUGAUGGCUUUGUAUCAUAUUUGAAGGCAAAACUCAAUGUGUCAGAUGGAUCCACCAGGUAUCCUCUAGUGACAAAACACAUCGACCAAGCUGCUUUAAAAGGCCUUCUUCUAAAUCCAGACGUGUCCUCCAGACUUCAGCUUCCAGGCAGUGCUAUCAUCCAAGAUUGGCAGCCCUUGGAUCUCCUAGAGAGUAACCUUGAAGUCUUGGCCAGGCGAAAUUUGUCAUGGUUUGUGGAUGAUUUGAAUGAGAAACCCUUGUUUAUGAGCUUCCACACACCUCUAUAUCCUGUUCCGUUUAAUGGAGGGUCUUUACGCCUAAAUAUCGACAUGUUCGGAACAGAUGCCUCCUUAGCAAAGAGAGCACUAACAGCUCACCUGAAUACUGUGAAAGGUGAGAUUCAGAGCACAGUCUUGGUCCAUAUGUAUAUGCAUCCGAGUCUAUGGGAAGUUAUGAGGCAGUUUUGUGAGGGGCAUGACGGGGUGAAACAGUGGAGGAAUUACUGGGAGCAGCUCUUUUUGGAAAGGGAGUUAGUAUGAUGAACAAAAGGUAUGCUGGAAUGAGAAGAGCGUAAAGAAAGACUCAUUUAAUUCUGUGCUGAUCUAGGUUUUAUUGGUCAUAAUGAUGUUUUUAGUUUGGUGGUGCACUGCCAAAUCAAAUGUCAGGGUGUGAGGUUUGGCAUUAAUUAAAAAGCAGUAUUCAGCGAAUUGAAUCAUGUGAAGGUAUUGCAUUGUGCUUUUGUCAUUUCUGUUUGAGAGAAACAAUGCACACUAAUUUAAAGGCGGCGUAACCGAUUUCUGAAUUACGCUCUAGACAACUGAGUCGGGCCAAGUACCAAAACAACCUUGUAGCCAAUCAGCAGUAAGGUGCACAGGACGGACAUUAGCCGAGCCGAGCGCUGACGAAAGCGAAAGAUAGGGGUAGGGGUGUGUUUGUUUUGGUGAUUUGAACAUCAACAAUGGCUAAGAGAAAUCGGACACCCCGCCUUUAAGUGAGCUCGUUCCAUUUACUUUUACAGCUUUCCUAAAUAUGAAUUAAAUGAAAUAUUUGAUUAUACAUUCCAUAUACACUCACCUAAAGGAUUAUUAGGAACACCAUACUAAUACGGUGUUUGACCCCCUUUCGCCUUCAGAACUGCCUUAAUUCUACGUGGCAUUGAUUCAACAAGGUGCUGAAAGCAUUCUUUAGAAAUGUUGGCCCAUAUUGAUAGGAUAGCAUCUUGCAGUUGAUGGAGAUUUGUGGGAUGCACAUCCAGGGCACGAAGCUCCCGUUCCACCACAUCCCAAAGAUGUUCUAUCGGGUUGAGAUCUGGUGACUGUGGGGGCCAUUCUAGUACAGUGAACUCAUUGUCAUGUUCAAGAAACCAAUUUGAAAUGAUUCGAGCUUUGUGACAUGGUGCAUUAUCCUGCUGGAAGUAGCCAUUAGAGGAUGGGUACAUGGUGGUCAUAAAGGGAUGGACAUGGUCAGAAACAAUGCUCAGGUAGGCCGUGGCAUUUAAACGAUGCCCAAUUGGCACUAAGGGGCCUAAAGUGUGCCAAGAAAACAUCCCCCACACCAUUACACCACCACCACCAGCCUGCACAGUGGUAACAAGGCAUGAUGGAUCCAUGUUCUCAUUCUGUUUACGCCAAAUUCUGACUCUACCAUUUGAAUGUCUCAACAGAAAUCGAGACUCAUCAGACCAGGCAACAUUUUUCCAGUCUUCAACUGUCCAAUUUUGGUGAGCUCGUGCAAAUUGUAGCCUCUUUUUCCUAUUUGUAGUGGAGAUGAGUGGUACCCGGUGGGGUCUUCUGCUGUUGUAGCCCAUCUGCCUCAAGGUUGUGCGUGUUGUGGCUUCACAAAUGCUUUGCUGCAUACCUCGGUUGUAACGAGUGGUUAUUUCAGUCAAAGUUGCUCUUCUAUCAGCUUGAAUCAGUCGGCCCAUUCUCCUCUGACCUCUAGCAUCAACAAGGCAUUUUCGCCCACAGGACUGCCGCAUACUGGAUGUUUUUCCCUUUUCACACCAUUCUUUGUAAACCCUAGAAAUGGUUGUGCGUGAAAAUCCCAGUAACUGAGCAGAUUGUGAAAUACUCAGACCGGCCCGUCUGGCACCAACAACCAUGCCACGCUCAAAAUUGCUUAAAUCACCUUUCUUUCCCAUUCUGACAUUC